GGAAAUCAUUCGAUCACGUGAAUCUCACGUGCAAAAGCCUCCACCUACGAAUUUCAAUCUUUCAUGACCAAUUUACCAUCUUUACACCUUUCGAAUAAGACAAUUGGAAAUUGAAUAUAAAUGCUACUACGCAAGGCUUUUGUAGGGCCUUGAUUUCUUAUGCCUCGAUGCGGUUUUGUGGUAGAUGAUUCCCGCCAGCUUCACCUGUCUAUAUGAUAUAUCAACCAACCGUCGACCACUAAUGCGCCGACGCGACGGCAGUGUUCGUAUUCUGUUGUAUUCUUUAAUGUACGUGACCGAGUAAAAGUAGGGGGUAAAUGAUGGAUUCGGAAAAGGAUAAGGUCGACGAUGCUGUCGAAAUACCGGAAGCGCCGACAGCCACCAAAGAUAUGGCAUCGUCGCAGCUUCCAGAGCCAGAGCAGCAGCCAGCACCCCCGAAGGCACCAAGCCCGGCUCCAAGCACUGCUAGCUCGACUGGCCGUCCGCCUUACAUGCCUCAGUUCUCAGCUGCGACUCAGAUGAUCCUUAAGCGGAUAAAUUCUAAACCUGGAAGUUUAUCAUCAGCACUCUCAUCUGCCUCUUCAACAUUCCCUAGGAAUAGCAUUAAGGAUUCCACUUUCGAGGACACUAAGAGACGUCUUGUGAAAAGCAUGAACACGUCUCUAACGAUGCCUAUGCCAACUAUAACUCCCAAGCACGCUUCUUCUUCUUCUUCCACUACAAAGAAGCCAUCUGCAGGCACUACUAUGCGCAUGCCUAUGAACGACGCCUUUCAGCUUAGGACGCCGGCACCAGCCAAGUACGAGUCUACAACCAAGGAAGCAUCUCGGGGCCAAAAAGCACCUGCCCAGAAAUCGAAAGGCAAAUCGCAGCGCGGAACUAAGCGCAAACGGGGUAAGGACGACGAAGACGACGAAGAUACGUCCUCAAGCCUGAGUGAUCUAUCUGAUGAGGAAAGCCCUACAAGUACCAUCGCCGUCACUGCUACUGCCAAGGAGAAUCAAGCCAUGCCUACUAUGACGAAGUCUGGCCGCCAGGUGCAGAAGCCGACGCAAUACAACCCCUCCCAGCAGUCAGCCCGCGACGCCGCCACCCAGAAGCGCAAGAACUACGGCAAGCGUACGGCAGAGCAAGCAUUAUGCAAAGUGUGUACUCGGGGACUGAGCGUCCCCGCCAAUCAGAUCGUCUUCUGCGACGGCUGUAAUCUUUGCUGGCACCAAAUGUGCCACGAGCCAUACAUCGACGACGAAUUCGUCAACAACGAGUCGCGCUCCUGGUUCUGCGGUCGCUGCAUGGCCAAGCGCGAGAGACAUCUUGCCCGGAAGAAGAAUAUUGAUGGUUUUAAAGGGGCAAGCUGGUCCAACAAGACCAAUGAACAGAAACGAACGUACCUCUCCGGUGUGCCUCACGCGCAGCUCGUCAACCUCAUCAUGUACAGCACGGAGCUGCAUCCAGACUUGCCUAUCUUCCCUCAGGAGACUAAACGCGGCGCUGCUCAAGUGGGGCGACCAUCUCAGGAGAGUCUACGGGUUAAAGCGGAGUCCAACAUCAACGUCGGCCCAACGCAUUACUCUAGCAAAAUGUCGACACCUGACUCGCAAUCCGUGAACGUGAAGACAAGUAUUAAUAAGGGUACUACUACCGCCGAGAAUCAAGAUCAAGCAGCCAGAGAGGACUCUGCAGAUUCCGUACCUCCUGCCUGGCCAAAAGUCGGACGUGGUUGUCUGGCGGGUUUGGAAAUUGACGAAGACGAUCUACGUGAUGACAACGAUUACGAAGCCUUCAGCGUCACGACCUACGAUACUAAGGGUAAGAAGAUCACGGAGAACGGCAUGCCAGUCUAAGUUUGGUAACAACUCGGAUCCGAAGAUGAAGCAAAAGAGACGAUCGAAGUUUUAUAGAGCUCAUCCCUGAACUCCCACCUAUGGACCAAUUAUAGGGAAUGUGUCUCGCUCGAGCGUAGGAAGAAAUUACUACGUUAUAAUUGUGUGCACAUAGUUGGGGCGAUGAUUGUAGCAGCACCAGGUAUACGGUUCCCUUUAUCGAGAGGGGACCAUAAGUUGAAGUCGAAAAAACAAUACCUACCUACCUAGGUACCUGUAUUAUAUACACAAGAGUUAGCAUCCCUCAUUGCAAUGCCUAUACUAUAGCUACUCGAACAUAGCUAGUACAUACUAUACUAGCUAAUUCAAUCUAGUUUAAUACAAACUUGACAAUCAUGAUUCCA